CAGACAGAAACAUGGGUGGAGGCAGGGUGGGGUGCAGAAAAGACACAGGGAAUGAUUUAAAGACAGAUUGAGGGAGUUCAAGACUGAACCAUUGUGUUCUGUGAUAUAGAACAACAAGCUAAUUUAGUUGCUUCCACAAACUCGCAGGCGAAAAACGUCUGUACAGGGAGCCAUGCCUUCUCCGGUAGCUAGUAUUCUUGGCUGGAUUUUGUUUGGGCUCUGUUUUGGCAUGUCAGCCUUGGCAGAAACAGAUCCAGAGUUCUCUCAGUGCAGCCAAAGUUUCUACAAACAGAGGCCUCCCACGGGCUUCACAGGGGGUCAGCUGCUGCAGUUCUGUCACAGCCUGGGCGGCGGACAGUCCUUCGCGACCCUCUAUAACUCUUCCUGUGACAUCACUGUUUUUUCUGCUUUCUGUCUGAACAAAGGAUGGGGUGACAGUGGAACUGUGGGAGAAAGUCAGGAGGGUGGAGGCCCAAAAGAAGACAGGCUUGAAGCAGACACUGAAAGUGUACAGACAGAAACAAAGGAAGAAGAGUCUCAAAAUGAGGGCCCCCAGGAUACCCCAGUUAAGCCCCCUGCACUUCUUUGGCGGGACAGAGGGGAUUCCUCCUCCUACUCUGCCACACCCGCCAGUACUUGGGAUGCUGUGAUUUCCAAUUUGGUCCAAAAUAACGUCCUACCUCAGUGCCAGUCUGUAGGGGGUGAUCUAUAUGUGCUGACUGGAACAGGGAGUGUGGAUGAGUUAGCAAAGGGGUGCGAGGUGGGUUUGUUUUGGUCCGCUGUGUGUUGUGAUGUCCCAAAUGAGGAUACUGGGUUCAGUCUGGGUGCAGUAAAGGAGGGAGAUGAGGUGCUCAGAGUUUUAAGCGUGAAGGCGUUGGAGGAGGUGGUUGGAGUAGGAGACGUGUUUGCAGGUGGGUGUGGGAAGGCGGAUGGAGGCGGAGAAGGUGAAAGCGACCCACUUGCUGUCUUUCAAGCCGCAGUGCAGCAGAUUGUAGAGAAGCACAUCACAGACGCCCAGCCACAUUCUGACGAACUGCUACACAGCUCCAUUUCUGAAGACGCCUCCGCUCAAAGCACAGAUGCACAAGGCACUGAGACUGAAACGGAAGGGGAGACCAUCGAUGCGGAGCCGCGCCGUGCUGUCUCACUUAACACUGAUGCAGAAUCAAGUGACUUUGCCUCACAGGACAUAGAGCAAGUACGGGACACAGAACAAACAGAACCCGAGGGAAACAGCACCGUUUUGUACCUUCUCUCCUCCUCUCUGUACCUUCUGUCUGUCCCCUUCCGCCCCCUUGUCUCCACCCUCGCUGAAAUCCCCGGCCAGGUGUCUCAUGUGAUACAGGAGGACCUCACUGUCCUCUCGUCCCUACCCUGUGACACAUUCUCACUCUUCCAGAACCUCGUCUCCGAUGCGGCGUGGGGGGUGACGUCUGUUGGGGGACUGCUGGGUAAAGCAGGGGCCCUGUGUGCGUGCCAGCUGUACUCUUGCACUUCACCACUAGUGGGCACUCUAAUAGACAGCUGUAAGGAGGGGAUCGCAGGAGCGGGCACUCUGACUUGGGAUGGUGUGGGCGUCUUUGGUGGGAUUGUGGACGGGGCUUGGUCUGUGUCCAGGUUUAUUGGGGGGAAAGCAUGGGAGCAGAGUGAGGGGUAUCUUUGCGGUGUUCUGUCAGAAUUGGGGAGCCAGGUGCAAGGGGUGGGUGGCGGUUUGGGAAAGUUGGUCAUGAAAGGAGGAAAGGGUGUGGGUAAUGUGGUGAAAACAGCUGGGUGGGUGAUAAAAGGUGUUGGGGAUAUGGCUGUGAACAUGGUGAAGGGGGCAUUUGGAAGUGAGUGACAUUACUGGUGUAGUUUUACUGACUUGUUGGCCUGUUUUUGUGAACGUCUGAAAACUGUGAUAACUGCUUUAAUGGACUGCUUGCACAAAGUGAUCUUUAGAAAAGUUCACAAACAGUGUAAAAAUUGAGAAGCUGAAGAACUUUGAUUAAAGUGAUAGAACUGUUUGGACAGUCUGGACACUUGUAAACAACAUUUGUAAAUGAACAGAAAGAAACAACAACAGGUAAAUCUUUAGACCAACAAAGCUGGAUUGUGACUGGUGUAGGGUUGUGAAUGACAUGCAGGGUGUGUAUGGGAAUUUGAUGGUCAGUCAUGUGAUAUUUCUUUUGUCAAGAGGGAAGAUGG